UCCAGCUGCUGCUUCUACUCAACGCCCCAAACCGGAAUGUGAUUUGCAAGGAGAAGAGAGAAAAGUAGGUUUUUUUCUCCCUCUUUUCGCGGAGGUUUCAGCGUGUCAAGAAUUCAGCAAGUGAACCUAUUAAUCGCUUGGAGGGAAAAAAAAAUACAGGGUCUUGGUGAAGGACAUCUGCCUUGCUAAUACUUGGAAAAAGCCAAAACAUGAAUGAUUAAUAAGACUUUCCAGAACCUGCUGAUUGGAAGUCUAAGGAAUUGUAUGAUAGGCAUUAUGCCUACCUGGGUUAUUAUUUCAAGAUCCGCUGUUGCCACUUUGCCUGGAAGAGGAGGACGCCUCUACUCCAGAUACGUUAUCUCCCAAAAUCAAGCAUGGAAAAAUCUGUUUGCCAAAGGUCGUUUAGGUUGGUCCCCAGCAAGCUGCAGUUGCAAGAUCAAUCACCACCCUUUCCCCCUGGGAAAAGCAUUCCGACACACCUCCACUGAGGAAGAAGACUUCUCCUUCCAUUUGACACCAUCCCAGAUCAACGAGGUCUUAAGGGCGAGCGAGUUGUCCUACACCGUCCCUGAAUUUGAUGGGAAAAAUCCCAGCCCAGUAUUGAAAUUCGAGUCCAACCACCUGGCAGCCAAUGUGCCGAUAGAAGACCGCCGAAGUGCGGCAACCUGUUUGCAGACGAGGGGAAUGAUGUUUGGAGUCUUUGAUGGCCAUGCUGGCUAUUCCUGUGCUCAGUCGGUUAGCGAGAGGCUGUUCUCUUACCUUGCCGUUUCUCUGCUGUCUCGGCAAACGCUGGAAGAGAUUGAGAUGGCCGUGGAAUCUAUGAAGCCGAUUCUGCCUAUUCUCCAGUGGCACAAACACCCCAACGACAGGUUCUUCCACGAGGUUGCCUCCGUGUACCUGGAAAAGCUCAGAUAUUAUUGGCAAGACUUACUGAACUCGGACGCAGACCUUGGGCUGACGAUGGAAGAAGCUUUGAUCGGUGCUUAUAAACGGCUGGAUUCAGACAUAUCGUUGGAAGCUCAGGCACCUUCCAAGAACGAACUUCUGAAAGAUAUCGCUCUGCAGGUGGCUUUCUCGGGCGCAACGGCUUGCUUAGCUCAUGUUGACCAGGCUCACCUGCAUGUUGCAAAUGCUGGGGACUGCCGGGUGAUCCUGGGCGUUCAGAACCCCAAUGGCUCCUGGUCUGCUUUACCCCUUACCCGAGAUCACAACGCUUUCAAUGUGUCGGAAAUCUCGCGGUUGAAAGGCGCGCACCCAUCUUCUGAAGGGAACACCCUCAUUAUGAACGACAGAUUGCUGGGCGUCCUUAUGCCUACCAGAGCUUUUGGAGACGUCAUGUUCAAAUGGAGUCAGGAUCUCCAGCAGAGCAUCCUCAACAACCACUGCAACCUGGAGGAUUUAAACAUCUACGAGUAUGUCCCUCCGUGUUACCACACCCCACCUUAUUUAACAGCUGAGCCAGAGGUCACUUACCACAAAAUCAGGCGGCAGGAUAAGUUCUUGGUUCUUGCUUCUGAUGGCCUGUGGGACAUGUUGAGCAAUGAAGAGGUGGUCCAGCUCGUUGCAAACCAUAUAAUGGAAGAUGAUGUCCAGAAAACUCAGCUCACUUUUAAGAAACCAACCAGUCUGGGGUAUGUACAAGACUUGCUACUUCGGAGGAAGGUCCGUACUGCCCAGCCCUCUGACCAGAAUGUGGCAACCCACCUUAUCAGACAUGCCAUUGGCACUAAUGAGUAUGGAGAGGUAGACCAGGAAAAGCUAAUGGCAAUGUUGACUCUUCCCGAUGACUUAGCACGCAUGUAUAGGGAUGAUAUCACGGUUACAGUAGUCUAUUUUAAUUCAGAUGUAAUUGACAGAUACUAUCAAGAGGAGGAAGAAAGAUCUUGAGUUACAUGAAUUCCAAGGGUCACUUCACUUCAAAUUCCUUGAAAGAUUCUUGCAUGAGAGCCUCACCCAUAAAAACUCUGUCCUGCCUUCAGGAGACCAAGUUUAGUUCUCUGUAAGCCACGAAUUCCUAUAAAAAUCCAUUCAUUUUUGGCUUGUAAAA